GAUAAGUUACUAGCCAAUCACAUUUCACUUGGCCCAUGUCAACAAAAGAUUUCGUUAUAAUUGUUUUCCUGCUGCCUGGUAGUGUUGCACAACAACUUCUAGUGCUUACUCGUGUGAUCGAUUAAAAUAAGACCAAACGUUUUAUAGUUCGUCGACAGAGCUCUAUGCGUUGAUUCGAACGCGUUUUAAAUAAACAUGUCGCUUCAGAAGGAAAUUCCGUAUGAGGAGAGCUUGCAGGGUUCCUGGGUGGAGUUGCACUAUAACACUGGCAGUGGGAGUCAGGUGUGCCAGGAGCAGAUCUCAACAACUGCUCUUGAUGUAGACCUGGAGAAGUUACUACUAGACGCCCAACACGAGUCAAGCAGGAGUACCUCGAGAGGAAGCUCACAAUGUGACAGGACAGGGAUUUGGGCCUGUUCCCGGGAGAGCAGUGUAUCCUUCUCGUCGGACUCGUUAAAGGAAAGUUUGUGUCCACUAAGGUCACAGACUCCUCUUCUUCUGUUUAGAGGCUCAGAGGGAAACAGUUCACAGUCUGAGGAAGAUAACCAAGAAAUAAUCCAGGAAGUAGAGAAUCUACUGAAGAAGAAUGCUGACUGGAUCUGGGACUGGUCCAGUCGUCCUGAGAACAACCCACCAAAGUGCAUAGUACCUCGUAAUUAUAUACAGGAGUUUCUGCUGAAACACCCCAGGCGCUCAGCCUCGCUCAGCAUCAGGAAGACCAACGUCAUGAAGAAAGGAGGCGUUCUCUCCCCUGACUUCCUCAAGCUUUUCCUUCCUUCAUUAUUCAUUUCUCAUAUACUCGCAGUUGGCCUGGGGAUAUACAUUGGGAGGCGCCUCAGCACAUACAGCACCUACUGAAGCUGAUGCUGCAUUAUGAGACCACUGACUCAUACAGCUGGCAUGCCUUCAAAUGGGGGCAACUUCAGAAUCCAAGGAGAAGUGGUUGAUGUAGCAUUCUCCAUUUUAGCUGAUUGCCUCAUCUUAUCUUCUGAAUGCUGUGACUGCUUCUUUCUCCCAGAAAUGCCUUGAAUCAGGAACUGAUUUGUGCUGCCAUGUUCCUCUCGCUUUUUUAGAAUGUUGUUUUAUAUUGAACUGCUGCCAAUUGGCAUUGUUUCUCAUUUUCUUACGCAUAUUGUGUUUGUGUUUUGCCUGUUUGUUACUCUUAAGGGAAUGAUUAAUGUGAAUGAAUAUUAAUUGUGAAAUAAUUUCCUGCACUCAUUUUCUUUGAAAAAAGCUGGGGUUAAUACAUUUCAUGCAACAUGUGAAAGGCAGGGUGUGAAUUGCAACAAAAGUCCAACUUUUGGGGGGUCUCUAAUUUAACCUAUUUUCCUAUUUGUUUAAAAUUCUAUUGUGUACUGUUACAGUGGUAAAGAUGAAAAUAAAAGCUUAUUCCAAAUUAAAUGAA